CUUGCCGGAAAUAGGUUGAUCAAAGAGCAACUACUUCCGCCUCGGAGCUGCCUGUUUUCCUGACACAUCAAAAAUGACGGCCACCUUGCGGCCCUACCUGAAUGCGGUGCGAGCCACGCUGCAGGCCGCCCUCUGCCUGGAGAACUUCUCCUCUCAGGUGGUGGAGAGACACAACAAGCCCGAAGUGGAAGUACGGAGUAGCAAAGAGCUUCUCCUCCAGCCCGUCGUCAUCAGCCGCAAUGACAAAGAGAAAGUCCUCAUCGAGGGCUCCAUCAACUCAGUCCGAGUCAGCAUCGCCGUCAAGCAGGCCGACGAGAUAGAGAAGAUCCUGUGCCACAAAUUCAUGCGCUUCAUGAUGAUGAGGGCGGAGAACUUCUUCAUCCUGAGGAGGAAACCGGUGGAGGGUUACGACAUCAGCUUCCUGAUCACCAACUUCCACACGGAGCAGAUGUACAAGCACAAGCUGGUUGACUUCGUCAUUCACUUCAUGGAGGAGAUCGACAAGGAGAUCAGCGAGAUGAAGCUGUCAGUCAACUGCCAGAGCUCGCAUCGUUGCUGAGGAGUUCCUAAAAAAUUUCUGAGGUUUCUGAGAUGAAAAGAAAACAUUCCACAAGUUGAUGUAAGAGAAGAUCAGCCAAGAUGACAACUAUAAAUGUACAAAUGUACUUACUGUGCUUCUUAUUAGUACAUUUAUAGUCCUUGUUGAUGUGCACAGACUGAAUUUGUUUACCCUGAUUAUUGAAAGUGUUUGUUUUUAAUAUAUAUUUUAUUGUGCUGUGCUUUUUGUUAUGACCAUGAGACAGUCAAUUGAUCCAUGUUAUGUUUUAUUACAGAGCCCCACCUAUUGUUGAUUGAAAUCAUCCAAAAUAAUAAAUAUACUUGCUGGCAAUGAA